UAUGAGGUCAAUCUAAGCUUUGAAAACCACUUGGGCCUUAAUGAAAGAAACCUCUUCAAAGCAACCAGUAGAGCCACCGGGAACUUUAGACUGCUGUUAUUUAUGGUAUUAACACAAAGAGGCAUCAUUGAUUAAGACAAAAAAAUCAUCCUUCCGAACUUCUCGGCUUCGCAGCAAUGCCGUGGCUUUUACUUGCCUUUAUCUUUACGCACGAUCUCACUGGAGCGGUGCCCGCCGAGAAGUGCGCCUCUGCGUGCGACGUGAGCAUGUGCCCGAGCCCCAGCUGUCCCGGCGGGUACGUCCUGGACCGAUGCAACUGCUGCCUGGUGUGUUCACCGAGCGAGGGAGACCCCUGCGGCCGCAAGAACGACCUGCCCUGCGGGCAAGGCUUGGAAUGCAAGCUGUUUGCAGCGGGGAGGCGGCGAGGGUCCAAGGGGGUCUGCCGGUGUAAGAAGGAGCACGAAGUGUGUGGAAGCGACGGGAAAACGUACAACAGUGUGUGUAAGCUGAGAGCAGCCAGCCGUAAAGCUCAGCAGAUGGGGAGACCCGCAGUUAACCAAGCGCACAAAGGUCCAUGUUCAUGUUCAGACGCAGGUGGUUCCCUGGUUCAUCUCAGCAGCCCUCGCUACAAGUUUAACUUCAUCGCUGAUGUAGUGGAGAAAAUAGCACCUGCUGUUGUCCACAUUGAGCUGUUUGUAAGACAUGCUCUGUUUGGUCGCCGCACGCAUCUCUCCAGUGGCUCGGGUUUUAUUGUGACCCAGUCAGGUGUGAUUGUGACCAAUGCUCAUGUAGUAACGACAGCGGGUAGGGUAACAGGGAGGCCCCAGCUUCGCGUUCAGCUCCAUGACGGCGACAUCUACGAGGCUGUGGUCAGAGAUGUAGACAGGAAGGCAGACAUCGCCACAAUCAAGGUCAAUCCACAGAAGACACUUCCUGCACUGUCUCUGGGCCGUUCAGCUGAUCUGCGGCCAGGGGAGUUUGUGGUUGCUAUCGGCAGCCCCUUCGCCUUGCAGAACACCGUCACCACCGGGAUCGUCAGCACAGCACAGAGAGACGGCAAGGAGCUGGGCAUCAAAGACUCAGACAUGGACUACAUCCAGACUGACGCUAUUAUUAAUUACGGCAAUUCUGGAGGGCCUCUUGUUAACUUGGAUGGCGAGGUGAUAGGUAUCAACACUCUGAAAGUCACAGCAGGCAUCUCCUUCGCCAUUCCCUCAGAUAGGAUCAGCCACUUCCUCACAGAGUCACAGAUCAAACACGACAAAGAAACGAAGAGACGUUUUUUAGGCAUCAGGAUGCUCACAAUCACACCAGCUUUAGUAGCAGAGUUAAAACAUCACAACCCAGACUUUCCUGAUGUCAGCAGUGGCGUUUUGGUGCAACAGGUCAUACCUGACACUCCUGCAGGAAAUGGAGGCAUUAAGGAAGGUGAUGUUAUAGUGAAGCUGAAUGGGCAACCAGUGGAGAAAACUGAAGACAUCCAUGAAGUGCUGCAGGGUGACCAGCCUCUGCUGCUGGAGAUUCAUCGAGGCAGUGAUGACUUGCUGUUCAGCCUCCACCCUCAGGUUAUAUUACACUGAACAAUAAGACAGUUAACUUGUUUUAAAUUUGAAUAAAUGUUGGACAAGACUUAAUAUACUGUAGUGGCAUUAAAGCUCCAUUCAGCCAUGGGCACUAUACUGCAAGGAAUUAUGAAUAGGCUAUAUACAGAAAUAUGAACUGAUCUGAGACCGUUUCCCUUCUGAUUUCUAAUCAAACAUAAAAUCUGAGCAUUUCCUGUCCAUCUGUACUGAUGAUGUUUUGUUUGAUGGAUUAUUUCUGAAUGACAAUACACAACUUGGGGGUGACUUUGUAUGGUACAUGCCGCAGUUUGUUACAGUUCUCAAAAUAUUGUAAAGGAAAUAUAUUGCACUGUAUAGCAUAUUUAGGGAGGCUCAUAGAGUUUCAGAAUAAAAGCUCCAAAGACUGAUCUACA